GGUGGAUGCUGUUCUUGUGCUCUUCUGUGUUUGGCUCGCGGGCGCAGCUGGGAAGAUGGCCCAGUCGAGGGGUCACAAGCUGGAGACCUACAAACAGAGCAGGUCACGAAGAGAGACCAGAAUGGACGGGGGUGGAGGUCACAAAUCCGGAAGCCCGAUUUACAAACGAAGUCCAGACAUGACAAAAUCUCCGAUGACAAAAUCUGAGCAGCUCCUGAGAAUAGACGACCACGAUUUCACCAUGAGGCCGGCGUUCGGAGGUCCUCCAAUACCUGUUGGAGUAGAUGUUCAGGUUGAAAGCCUGGACACCAUCUCCGAGGUGGACAUGGACUUCACCAUGACUCUGUACCUGCGUCACUACUGGAAGGACGAGCGGCUGUCGUUCCCGAGCACCAACAACCAGAGCAUGACCUUCGACAGCCGUCUGGUGAAGAAGAUCUGGGUUCCUGACAUGUUCUUCGUCCACUCCAAGCGCUCCUUCAUCCACGACACGACGACUGACAACGUCAUGCUGAGGGUUUACCCUGAUGGCAACGUCCUCUACAGUCUCAGGGUCACUGUCACCGCCAUGUGCAACAUGGACCUCAGCCGCUUCCCUCUGGACACCCAGACCUGUUCGCUGGAGAUUGAGAGCUAUGCGUACACGGACGAUGACCUGAUGUUGCACUGGAAGAAAGGCAACGAAUCCCUGAACACUGACGACAGAAUAUCCCUGUCGCAGUUCCUCAUCCAGAAGUUUCACACCACUGCCAAGCUGGCUUUCUACAGCAGCACAGGCUGGUACAAUCGUUUGUACAUCCACUUCACCCUGCGGCGCCACAUCUUCUUCUUCCUGCUGCAGACCUACUUCCCUGCCACUCUGAUGGUCAUGCUGUCCUGGGUGUCGUUUUGGAUCGACCGCAGGGCCGUCCCUGCCAGGGUGCCGCUCGGCAUCACCACAGUGUUGACCAUGUCCACCAUCAUCACCGGGGUCAACGCCUCCAUGCCGCGGGUCUCCUACAUCAAGGCAGUGGACAUUUACCUCUGGGUCAGUUUUGUCUUUGUCUUCCUGUCGGUGAUAGAGUAUGCGGCGGUCAACUACCUCUCCACCGUCCAAGAGAGGAAAGAGAGGAAACUAAGGGAGAGACUGCCGUGUACAUGCGGCAUUGGCAACCCCGACGACAUGAUGAUCGACCCCCAGAUCACUGGCUACGGGUCUAUGGACAUAAACACCACAGGGAAUUAUGGGAUGCCAGAGAACGGCGGCCGCCAGGAGCGAAUGCUGGCCCAGGUGGCGCUGAAUGACCCGCAGAUCACAGGCCAGGUGAAGCCAUCCAGAGGCUACGUGAACAUUUGGAUAGACACCCACGCCAUAGACAAGUACUCGCGGGUUGUGUUCCCUGGAGCGUACAUCCUCUUUAACAUCAUCUACUGGUCCAUCUACUCAUAACCCGGGUGUGCAGAAGUAGAUCCUCUGUGACAGUCGCGACUCAUUUGUUAAAGAGCAGGAACAUAACAUCACAUUUGAUGCUUUUCAGACAGAGAAACUGCUCAUAAGAUGCAUGGGGACCACUGACAGAUUGGGGACCAUUGCCUUCUUGACCCAGCCACUUAAAACUGAAGAGGUUAAAAAUGACAAACGGGACAGACGUCGUCGCUGGCUCCGUCACUCCAUCAGAUCUGUGUGGUUUCAUUUUGUAACUGUUGUGCUGUUGAUGGGAAGACGUGCGGGGAUUUCUGUUGUCUGAGGAGGAACUGCACAGAGAAGAGAUGCACAAACAUGGACCUGUGCAAUUGUGCAGUUGAACUUGGCUACGUUUCAGUUCUUGAUGCAGUGAUAUUGUGAACUCAAUGCCAGGUAUGGACAGAUUUCUUCUCUUUUGCUCAUGAACUAUACUUGACAAUCAGUGAUUAACUUAAAAAAAAAAAAAAAAAACUUUUAAGGAAUAGUUCCAAUUAUUUUCUUUCAGGUGGAUAGUUAGAUGAGAAAAUGGAUACCACUCUGACAUCUGUCUGUUUCAUAUAAAGCUAUCUUCGAGGGUAAUUAGCUUAGCAAAAGAGGGAAACAACUAGCAUACCGGCACCUUUAAAACUCAAUAAUUAACAAAUUAGUUUAUUCAAUCUGUACAAAAACUGAGUCUCUAUAUGUUGCCUGGAUUUUAAGAAUGAAGUUCUCUGCGUUUCCGAGUUCACUGGGCCUUUUAGUUGACGUGAUCUUGGAAAUUCAGACUUCUGAGUUCAAAUGAAACCCACCAAUAUUCCCGGCUUCACUUUUUGUGUGGACUAAACAAACUAGAUACAACAUGCCAACUGGGGAGUUUAAGAGCAGCUGGUACAUUGAUUUCUGAGUCUUUUUCCCCAUUUCCCAUCUUUGUGCUAAGCUAAGCUAACCGCCUCCCGGCUGUGGCUGCAUGUUCCCUGUUCAGUCAUGUCUGAGUGGUAUCAGUCUUCUUAUCUGACUCUUGGUGAGAAAAGCCAUUGUCAUGGAAUCUGUGUGCGGAACUGUUCCUUUAAAAACCUGAUAAUCAGAUUAUUCGUAUUCUUUUUUCUUUUGCAGCACGUUAUUAUGAUUCAGUAUUUUCUUGUGAUCUUUGUAUCAAUGCCAUUAUUUUGGCUGUCAAGCUACAUCCUGCAUUGCAUUUGUGUGAUUUGACAAAGUUUAAACAAUGCCAUCUACCGAAAUCACAAAUGUAAAAAAAGUAUAUGUUUAGUAAAUCCCAGACACUGAUUAUGGUAUUGACUUUUUUUUAUUUAAACGUUGUUAUUUCUUCUUUUUUUUAAAAAUACAACUGAAGCUCAUCCCCUCUGUUUGGUGUUGUGAGGCUUUAUGAGGUUCACUGUGACCUGUUAGUUGCUAGUUUUAUUGUCUUUUUCAGCUUGAAACAACUCUACUCUGCUCGACAGAACGUGACCAAGCACACAGAUAUUAAGUUAAACUCUGGAAAAAUGUUAUAUAUGGCAAAAUGUUUAAUAAAUGUUUUGUUUUUUCUGAGAAUGUGAAAAUGAUUUAAGCAGAGCUACAGAGCUAAACGACAUGUAAUACACUUGGAAAUGGAAUGAGAUGCAUGGCUGAUUAUUGCUUUUUUUCCUGAACAACAAACCACAAACAGACACUUCAUGUCAGCUGAGGGAUUUGGCCACAUUUUUCCGGUACGACCCCCAAAGUCACAAAUUAUAUAUCCUGCUUUCCGCUCACUUGUACAGUAUAUUUAAAACAGUGCUGGAGGAUGAGCUGUCACAGUGAUUAGACACUGGAUUGCUACCAGCUGCUUGGCCUCUCUUCUAUCUCUGGCACAGGUCUGAUUGCUGAUGUUUUUCCAUACCAAAUCAUAAAAAACUGCAUAUUCUGUAAAACCAUUAACUGCUCGCAUGUGAUGUAAAAGGGAGACGUGUAUGACAUUAAGCCUAUUUUUAACCAUUGCUCUGCUUCCUUAAAUCAAAAAUGUGGAUUAUGUGGAAGACUGUUUCUGUAUCAUUUUGGGUGCGGUGACAAUUCAGACUUUGUGCACGAUCACCUCUCAAAAACGUGAACAAAGGCUUCACUGUGGCAGGAAGACAUCAAAGGGAGAAAGCAUCAAAAAGAUGUCAGGGACAUGAAUUUUCCACCACAUCUGUGACCUCCUUGGGGAAGGCAAGGUCUUUAAUCGACCAGUGUGCGCUGGUGAAAGCAUGCCCAGAAAUGAAAACGAGUGAAGAGAGAAAUAGAAAUUCGAAGCAGUGCCAUGUCCUGAUCAGGUCAUGUCCAAAAAUUUGGUCAAGACUAGAUAUAACAUUAUCUCUUAUAACUGUCAGCAUAAUUAUUCAGUUCAGACGUUAUGGACAGGGAGGAUAUUAACUAACAAGUAGAAAAAUCUCAAAGAAAACAUUCAGUUUUAGGCUUUUUGUACUUGGGCCUUUUGAUAUAGAGAUUUAUGGGCAGUUGAAUGAGUGAGACUGGACACCACACACAGUUAAAAAAACAUCAUCAGUUAAAAAGUCUAAAAGCAGAAUUACUGGUAACUCAGAGUGUCGGCACAGUGGUGCUUUAAGCCAAAUGCUAACACUUGCCCAUUAGCUCUAAACACUGGCUGAAUCUGAUGUGGAUGUAAAUGUGGUUAGUUUUGCAGGUACUUAUAUAGGUAUAGGUAUAAACCAAAGUACUGGACUAAUAAAUAUAUGGACCUGUUGAUGUAAAUAAGUAGUGUGGGAUCAUACGUCUUCAUUGUCUGGUUAUUCUGGAAGUUAUAACGACAGGCAACCAAAUAAAAUGUACUCAAAAGAAAAACAAUAAAAUAACUUAUUUCUCUGGG